AUGUCGCUCGCGUCGCCCCAUCACGAGAAUCCCAACUGUCUAGUUCUAAACGAAGACGGAAGAGCACCCAGCCCUGCAACCUCACUCGUCACUGAUGCCCGACCGGACAUCGCCUCGAUGGAUCCCAACUUCUAUCCGGGGGUACCCCCAGACUCCUCGAUUGUUGGCACUUCUCCAGUUUCUGUGUUCUUCAGUAGCACUGGGGGCAAGGUCGGGCUACCAGAGGCUAUCGUCCAACAUCAAUCUCUAGAGGAUCUUCCAAACGAGGUUUUGUUUCACAUUAUGGGUUUCUUGGACGUCAAUGACCUUCUGUCAACGUCGAGGGACGAAUACUUCCUUAGUUUCACGGCGCCUGGCCCGAUCCUUGGUCUCGAUCCGCUUAUCUCGGCGUUUGGCAGCAAGGCCUUCGGCCGCAUCUUUAGUCGAGCGUUCAGUGUUGCCAAAGGAGUGUGUGCCCGGCAUGACCUCAGUGCAUGUCGCGCCAGCCAUUGUAGCCAAGAAGAAGGCUAUCGAGAAGGAAAAGGUCAAGGAUGGGCUUCGGCAAUGGAUAGCGUCCCGAUGGAAACGUGA